UCGAUGAAUUAUCGAGUUCGUGCCUUUGACGGCUAACCAUCAAUUGGCUCCGCAUUCAAAACACAGUCGGCAUUAAAAUAAUUACUCAAUGUUUCAAUAAAUUGCCAAGUGUGAUUAGUCACGUGACUAUAUAGUUAUAAAAAAAAAUUCCGUGACCAAAAAUUCUGUUCGCGGUGGAGCACUCGCGUGGACCGAUCCGGACACAUGAUCGAUCGUUUUUUUACGUCGAGAUCCGUCACUGCCUGAUUUUCCAUUUACGAUCGUUCUUCGAUCGUCUCCGAUUUCUGCAAAUCCACACGAUUUUUUCUUGAGAAGUACCCGAGAUUAUGAUAUCUCUUCAAUCUCACAAUCAGGUUUUAUACCAUUUAACGCAGCUAACAUUAGCCGUCACUCCUAGGACAACUUCAUAUUCAGUCCAAGUUAAGAAACAGGAUGAAUCCUUGCAAAAGAAUAAAACAGAGGAGAUGGCAAUUUGCCAAGAUAGUCUCGAGGAGGCGGCAAAAAAUUGUACUGAACUACUGGAAAUGAAUUUAAAUGUUUCAAAUGCAUUAACAAUGAAGAACAAUAAGGUGUGUGUGAUGUUAGAUGAUCUAGGUAUCAAUGUAUUUAGAAGAUCUUUGGAAGAAAAUAAGUGGAAAGUGUCUUAUAUAUCUGGCCUAAGUUUUGCUGACAACAAACGUGGCUUCCUGUGCUCCUUGUUGACAGAGUCCAGUAUUCUACCAGUCAUUCAUCUAACAUCAAAACAACAACACAGACUGUUACACACUUGGUAUGCCAAAGUGCUACAAAAUCAUAUGCCAAUUCGUACGUUCAAAUCUCAACGCAGUAUAAAAAUGGAACUUGAGCAAAGUCCAACAUUCAUGAGUAGAAUAAAAAAAUGGUUCGGUCUAUCUUCUAAUCUUAAUGUGAGCUUGGUACAUGAACCAAAAAGUUCGGACUUUGAAAAAUUAAAACAGAUCUUUAACAAUACUGAUGCAACAGUAGAUGAGCAGAAGAGAAUAAAAAUGGCUUUUGUGGAAGGAUACGAAUCCGGAUUGCAACGGCAGAUGCGAGGUCGAACAAUGUUAUUCAAAAUCGUGCAAAAUAUAAUAGCUGUCUCUACAAUUAUCCUUCUAAUUUUACUUUAUCUUAAUUAUCCAGGAGGAGGAAUAUUUAAGCUUCCUAUGAGUCACAGAAUUGAGAUCGAUCCCGAGGACAUCCAUGUCACUUUCAAUGAUGUUAAAGGGGUGGAUGAGGCAAAGCAGGAGCUUCUGAAUGUAGUGGAAUUCUUGAAAAACCCCGACAAAUUUUCUGCUCUUGGCGGAAAGUUGCCCAAAGGUGUGCUGUUGGUCGGUCCGCCAGGCACAGGAAAGACAUUAUUAGCUCGCGCAGUCGCUGGAGAAGCCGGUGUACCGUUCUUCCAUGUGGCAGGUCCUGAAUUCGACGAGAUCCUAGUUGGUCAAGGCGCUCGACGUGUUAGAGAUUUGUUUAGGGCUGCAAAAGAAAAAGCGCCAUGUGUAGUUUUUAUUGACGAGAUCGAUUCCGUGGGUGCAAAAAGAACCAACUCGGUUCUCCAUCCUUAUGCAAAUCAGACUAUUAAUCAGUUACUUUCCGAAAUGGAUGGCUUCCGUCAAAAUGAAGGUGUCAUAGUUCUUGGUGCUACAAAUAGACGCAAGGAUCUUGAUAAAGCAUUAAUGCGUCCAGGCCGUUUCGAUGUUGAAAUUUAUGUUAAUAAACCCGACUACUUUGGCCGCAAGGAGAUACUAGAUCUCUACUUAUCAAGAAUAUUAACACAUGAUGUUGAUACAGUUUACCUGGCACGUUGUACUACCGGAUUUACCGGAGCUGAUCUUGAAAAUAUGAUAAAUCAAGCCGCACUGCGCGCAGCGAUUGAUGAGGCGGAUUGCGUCACUAUGAAACAUUUAGAGUAUGCUAGAGACAAAGUAUUGAUGGGUCCUGAAGGCAAGCUGAAGUUACGUGAUGAGGAAGUCAAUCGAAUCACAGCAUAUCAUGAAGCUGGACAUGCGCUAGUAGCAUUCUAUACUAAGGAUGCUACACCACUUCAUAAAGUUACUAUUGUUCCAAGAGGACCAUCGUUAGGUCAUACUUCAUAUAUGCAUGAAAAGGACGUUUAUCAUAUUACCAAGUCACAAUUAUUAGCUAAUAUGGAUUCCAUGAUGGGUGGCAGAGCUGCAGAGGAACUGAUAUUUGGUCCAGAAAAAGUGACAACUGGAGCUUCUUCUGAUUUAGUGGAGGCAACAAAAUAGCAGAAUUGAUGGUAAAAAAUUAUGGUAUGUCAGAAAAAGUGGGAUUUAGAUCAAUAAUAGAGAAUAAGAAGCUAUU